AGUUCAUUGUGAUUUUCAUUAUAAUAAGCAACAAUAGCCGAGUAAGUGAAAUCGUGAACUGAUUGGAAAAGAAUAAUGAAUGAGCUAUGGAAGAUCUGUAUCGCUGUAUCUGUAGAGUAGGGAGGGCAAAAGCCGAAACUACCAGUGAAGAAAAAACUGUGCUCGGCAUAGAACAAGAUCCUGUAGAUGUAAUUCCUGGCCCUCCUGAUGGUGGUUAUGGAUGGAUAGUGGUUUUGGCUUCUUUCAUGUGUAACUUAAUGGUGGACGGUAUUUCGUACUCUUUUGGGGUCUGUAUAUCCGAUUUAGUACUGUACUACGGUGAAUCCAAAGGAACUACCGCAUGGGUUGGAUCUAUUCUCACUGGAAGCACUAUGUGUGCUGGACCCCUAGCAAGUGCUUUCGCCAAUAAAUUCGGGUGUCGGACAGCUUGUAUAACAGGAAGCAUCAUUGCAGCAGUAGCAUUCGCUGUUUCAGUUUUGUGUCCAACAAUAACCACGUUGAUGAUAGUGUACGGUUUCAUUGGUGGUAUUGGCUGCGGUAUGAUAUACUUGCCAGCUGUCGUAUGCGUUGGAUAUUAUUUUGAAACCAAACGAUCUUUGGCUACUGGUAUUUGUGUGUGUGGUUCAGGAUUUGGAGCUUUUGCUUUUCCUCCAUUGGCAACAUAUUUGAUAAAUAAUUACGGUUGGAAAGGUACCAAUUUAUGUUUUGCUGGAAUUAUCUUGACUUGUGCUAUUUUUGGGUCUCUGAUGAAACCUUUAGAAUUGAAACCUACCAACGUUACUACUACCAUACAAAAAGUGCCCUCCAAAACAGCUCUUUCUUGGAAAAAUUUCAGUGAAGAUCCGUCUGAAACAGAAACCGUAUACAAUUCGGUCUUAUCGGUAGACAUAAAAAACGAUGUCAUUCCACCCUUAGGCAGAAAAGACAUAUUUUACUCGGGGUCACUCACGAAUCUGAAGGAAUUCCAAUCACAAGAAUCGCUCAACAAUUAUAGGCAGAGCGUCAUCAGCACUUCAAGAUCAAAGUCUAAACAAGUAUGUCUACCAAAAAGUAUUGGCGAUACCCUUAGCGAGUUACUGGAUUUCAGUUUAUUGAAGAAUCCCGUAUUUAUGGUUCAAGGAAUUUCCAGCAUUUUUUGCAUGAUUGCAUUCUACAUACCGUUCGUCUAUAUAAUAGAAAGUGCAAAAAUUGAAGGUAUCGAAGCCAGUAAUGCAUCUUCUCUGUUAUCUCUCAUAGGUAUAGUGAAUACAGUGGGUAGAAUUCUUUUUGGAUUUAUAGCAGAUUCACCAAAAGUGGACUCUCUUCUACUCUUCAACUCAUGCAUUAGCCUGACUGCAGUUUCAACUGUCCUCAUCCCUUUCUGUCACACUUAUGUAACAUAUUUUAUAGUUUCUAUCAGUUUUGGUAUCGGCAUCUCAGGAUUCAUGUCAUUGACUUCCGUUACUCUGGUGGAGCUUCUCGGACUGGAUAAACUAACGAAUGCCUUUGGUUUAAUUAUUUUAUUCCGUGGCUCUGCUGCUCUUAUCGGAUCUCCGAUGGGUGGCGCCCUCUACGAUGCUACUCAAUCCUACCGUUUUUCAUUUUUUGUAGCAGGAGGUUUAUUUGCUGUUGCCGCAGCCAUCAGUUUUGCUACGCCAUUUUUCAAGACGAAGAAAACUGUAGAUAAAGAUGAAGCUCUCAUGCCUAUCAAUGCAUGAGAUCAAUUGAUUAUUUUUUUUACAUUUCGCAAUAUAUAUUCCUUAUUGAAGUUAA